AAACGCAAACUAGUAAACACCAAAAAUCGAGACUGCCUCUCGAGAAUCAUCCUUCAGAUGGUGAAUUAAAUCAUGUGCAAUGAUUUUAAAAGAAAUCAGACAGCUGUGAUGAAUUCUCCAGAAUUAUAGUGCUGCUGUGAACCCAAACAUCCUUCCAAGAAACACUAUUUGGUUAACAAAUUUCAGCGGAAAAUGAACGACUCUCGGAGGCGGCGGUCGUCGGGGAACAGUAGGCAAAACCAUCGGUCCGUUUCGUCCGUAAACGGCGGGCACGACGCAUCCAACACCAAGACCAACGGGUCAUUGACUGGCCGGGAUUCUGGAGUGCGGUCGAAAAAUUUUAAGAGUUCAUACCAGAGGUCUGGUAGCUAUGACAAGGUGAGACGUUUAGUGAAGGAGGAAGGGAGGAUGGCUCGUAACUUGGUCACAUGGAAUGUGCCUGUAGACAGUGAUGACAGUGACGCUCGGAAGAAGUCGCAGUCGAUGCCGUCGCUAGACUCACCUAGAGAUCAGAAGUCUAGCACUCUGAGUCAAAAGGAGGCUAUGAAAAUUGAAAGACAAACUACAUCUGGAAGCCUCACACCCGGCCGCAAGAAGGCCAUUGCGAAGAAAGUAGACCUAAGGGCCCGAUACUGGGCAUUUCUCUUUGACAACCUCCAGAGGGCGGUAGAUGAAAUCUACCAGACGUGUGAGGUUGAUGAGAGCAUCGUAGAAUGCAAGGAAGUGAUCAUGAUCCUGAAGAGUGCUACACAGGAUUUUGAAUCCCUCAUCAAGAGGAUUACCGUUCAGAAAGAUUUUGAAAAUGCAGACGCCGAAAACAGGCCUACAUCCUUAGCAUGGGAGGUGCGUAAGACAUCCCCCGGACACACCCUAGGUAGCCCCACCCCCGAUGGGUACAGGAGCACCCCUAGUCCGGUCAACAGGUCAUUGAACUUUGGGACAACAGGUGCACAAGGAUCAGGAAAAGCAAGUCCUGUUCCAGUGGCUCCCAUGGGUACAAGUUGGGCCGACAGAGUGAAGGGUAAGAAGCCCAUCAGACCGGUCCCUCAGUCUCCUAUCAAAGAAGAACCGGCCAAGCAAACUCCUCCGCCUCCUGCUGUCCCGUCUGCAGAUGCCCAGAACGAUACGAGAGUACCCAGUGUAGAUGGGACCCACAGUGAAGAUGCCGAUGAUGAAGGAUGGGAGACGGUCCAACGCAGCAAGCAGAACCGCUCCCGCCCCUCCUCGGCCAAGCACUCCUCAACGUCAUCAAACAACAACAGCCGUCACCACCCCACCGGCAACAACUCCAUGCAAUCAAGCACAAACCGAGCCCCUGCCCCUCCCAGUUCUUACUCGGUUCAGACUAGUACCACGACGGUGUCCAACAAACCCCCACUGCCUGCCGAGUCUAAACCAAGGGAGAGAGCUGAUAGUGAGAAAGAAAACAGACCAGACCAUGUCGAACAGCGGAAUACUGCCAGCGGUGGAGGAUCUGUCAAUCGACAGUUGAUGCAGGAGACACAGAAUGUUGCACCCGCCGUAAGGUCAUUGGACAUCAAGGAAGAGGAUCCCUGCAUCAUCAGCGCCUCAACACGUAAAGCAAUAGAUUCUUCCUCUGAUGAAGAGCAAGGAGAUGAUGACAAUGAAGAGGUAUUAGCCACAAAACUUGAUGAUGUUGAGAACGGGAGCACCGAUUUGGAUGAGGAAGAUACACUAACCAACGAGCUGGCGAAAUGUCAGGAAGAGGCACUUGCUCGGGCAAUUGCUGAGGAAGAGAGCCUUAAUAAAGAGAUUCAGGAGGAGGAACAGACUGAGAUAGUGGUGGAAACUGAUGAUGCAGAGAGUGACCUUGGGAACACAUUAAGCUCAUUGGAGUGUUCACAGCAAGCUGUUGAUUGGGCCGAGAUGGCACUGGAUUUUGAGAAGCGAGAGAGCGAGGGCGCUUCGUGGAACGAGUUAGUGAAUAUCGCAGAGAACGUGGAAUCGGCCAGGACGCCAGGAUACGCUCUUCAUAUGCAUGAGAAACUCUCCUCACCUUCAAGGAAAAGGACGAGAGAAGAAUCCCAGAAGCGUCACGAGGAAAGACAGAGCAGAGCCCAGAGCAAACGGGAACAGCUUGCAGAAGCCAAGUCUAACAGACUUACAUUACUGCAUGAAAAGGUUGAAGAGGUGGUGGAAUGGAAAGACGAAUUGAUAAAGCAGAAGAAGAAACUCCUGGAAGAGAAGCAGAAGAGAGCCGAAGAGAAGAGACUGAUGCAGCUACAAGCUGUCAUCAGGAAGGCUCAGGAUGAAGAAGCAAAGGCCAAUGAGAUAGCGUUCAUCAAUUCAUUGGAGGCGCAGAACAAGAAGCAUGACAUCAUGGCAAGGCAUCAAGGUCAUGAGGCUCGUUACCAUGACAUCCUAGAGGAGAGACAGAGGAAGAACGAAGAGAAGGCAGCUAAAGAGGAAGCCGUGCAGGAGAGAAGAAAGGCACUGGAAGAUGAGAGGAUAGCUCGGUUGGAGGCGAUGAAGAAGUAUCGACGUGAGCAGGAGGAGAAGAUGAAUGCAUUGAAGGAGCAGAGAGAACUAGCCAGGGAGAAUGCGCUCAAGGAAAAGGCAAAGGAGCGAGAGCAGCGCCUGUCGGCACUCACAGCUGCUCAAAGUGCCAAAGAAGAGGAGAUUCAGAAGAAAAUACAACAAAAGCAUGAUGAGAGCCAGAAGCGUCACAGUCAGCAGAUUGAACAGAAGAGAGAGAGGGCCAUUGAACUGAGUACCCUAAGGCAUUACCGUACCAGCGACUCCGCCCCAAAACAGAAACCCUAUGAAAAGAAGAAGAUGUGCAACUUGUGCAAUGUAUUGAUCCCAUCAGAGGUGUACCUCAUGAGCCAUCUUAGAGGAAAGAAACACAGAGAGAAAGUAGCAGAAAAACACAAAGCAGCUAGCAUCAGUGAAGAAGAAUUGGAAAAUUACUCAGUGAAACUCGUGGUGGAGGCUCCUGGGGACCAGUCCCACCCUGAGAUCGUAGCUGAGAGGGAGAGACAGAAAGCUAGUAGGAAGAGGGCCAGGAAACUGAGACAAAGAAUGGCUAGCAAAGGCAAGGAGUAUGAGAACAAUCUGCCAUCAAAGACACAAGGACAGGAUUCACAUCACAAAGCAAAGCUACAGAAGCUUCUCAAGGACCUGAACAAGUACCUUCAAGCUCAGGACUCAUCAGGUCCGUGGGAACAGAGCAAGGUCUCUGCCAUGGAAAGGGCACUAGGAGAGGUGAAUCGCAUCCUAGAUAAAAAGGAGCAGACUGAUCAAAUCAUGUUUAGAGCGCAUGGUGGGUUGUCCGUCCUAACCAGGGUGCUGAUGCUCAUAGAUAGUGCGUCCAGUGAUAAACCAGCAGUUGUACCAAAGAAGACACUGUGCUCUUCUGCUGAGGUAUUCCGUCUUGCAUGCAGGAACAACUUUGAUAACUGCCAAUAUACCAUGUACAGUGGCAAGAUGGCUCCUCUUAUAGACCUUCUGAUGCAUCAAUUAUCAAUUCUUAUACCAGACACAGAGGAUGGCCUGCAUGGUCAUCCCUGGGGUCCAGACUCCCUCAAGCCACCCCAUGACAGCGUAGCGGGCAGUCUCAUGCUUCUACUCACCAGUAUACUCAAUGUCCUGGUCAAGCAUCGGCCGCAGUCUCCUUCCUCGCCCGACGGCAAGCUCCCAUCGUCGGCCAAGAAGAAACAAAAGGAUACCUUUGACCAGUGGGGCAUGGAUGUGGUUAGUUACUUGGUAAGCUGUGGUGUUCUGGAUAAACUGACAGUGUACUUCAACAAUGUCCGCAAUCCUAUCGAUCAGGAACCACAGAUAGCUGAAUUCCUUCAGCAUGCCAUGGGUCUCCUGGGAGCCAUGACUCGAUUUAUAUCUACGACUUCCAACAGGUUGGGUAUCUUUGGUCCGAAGAAGGAUGACCCCACCCAGCUGGUAGCCACAUUCCAGGUGACCGGUCUUGGGGGUAUUGUAUCCCUCCUCUACGGCAUCCUCCUCCACGGGGGUGCCCCCUCCCGCGACAGCAGCAUGACCCCGCCCGAAAUACCCGAACACACCCUCAGCGUCGUCAAUGCUGGUAUCAAGAUGCUCAGUAGUAUAGCCACCCUAGAUCUCAACGUUCUACAAACUGCCCUAGGAGCAGAGGGAACAUCCCUUGAGUUCCGUCACAUAGCUACCUAUCUGAUGUGGUACUGCAGUCACUUCACCGCCAACGAGGAUCUACUUCACGAGGUUAUUCUUAUCGUAGGCUACAUCACUGUCCUCAACCUAGAUAACCAGAUCCUUGUUCAAACAGGCAACACCCCAACGCUUCUCCAGCAGCUGUGCAGUCUACCAUUCCAAUACUUCAGUGACCCACGUCUUAUCAACGUCCUCUUCCCCACCCUCAUCUCGUGUUGCUAUGACAACGCCGAGAACAAGAAGAUCCUUCAGCAGGAAAUGAGCUGCUCGCUGCUCAUGUUGUUUUUGGAGGAACGUCAGAGAGACAAAAGCAAAGGGGCAUUACCCUCAGUUACCAAGGCUAGAGCAGUGCAUGAUGCUAGUGAGAAGGAUCCCUCCAGUCAUGACCUAGGUAGAGUCUUGUAUUGAGCUUGCAGUGCAUCCACACUAAUUUGUUUCGAUUUUAUCUCUCU